CGGUAAUUAACCACCAAACACUCUCCCUCCUUUUUCUCUCUUCCGCUUUCUCCCUUUCGUUCUCUCGCGCAAAAACACAAACACAAUCAAAACAUACCAAAACUCUUCUCUCUCUACGAUCGCCACCACCAUUGUCAUUUUUCCUCCAUUGAAACGCACGCAACAGCUAAGCUAAGCUCGCUCAUCUUGCCUGAUGCACCAUGACCAUGGAGCGGAAGAAAACGCUCACGAUGAACUGGGACGGCCUCCGGGAUGACGAAGACGACGACCGCUUCUUCGAGUCAAACGACCGCGUCUCCUCCGCCUUUCCUCUCGACCUCGAGGCUUCCUCCUCCGAAGAUGAGGACUUCGACGACAGUCGUAUGUCCUUCGCCUCCUGCGUCUCCUCCGUCCGAAGGGACUUCGAUUUUCGCCCCUUCGCCACUCCCCAAACCACGCCGCCCUCCACCACGCCUCCAUACCAGACGCCCGAAGAGAUGACUCCGGCGUCCGUGGCUCCGAUGUCCCCGGAUUACAAUAUCUGGAUGGCGGCGCCGGGCUCCAUCACCGAACGACGGAAACGGUUGUUACAGGGCAUGGGGUUGGCCAACGGACUCGGCAAAGACCUCACCAGCUUCAAACAGCUGACCAGCAUUAAGCGCCUCAUUUCGAGCAAAAUCCCAAACGGCGCCGUUUCCGUCCCCCGGUCCUUUACUCGCUCUAAAGAACACGUAGAAAAAUCGACAGCACAGCCGGAGCCGGAGCCUGAGCCGGAGUCGGAGCAGGAGCCGGAGCCGGAGACUGAAACGUUGCCGCUGGUGCUUGUCCGAUCGAGGUCCGAGGGCGACAUCGAAGCUUUCUCUGUGGACAAACAGAGGAAAGAGGAGAUAAUCGGAACAAUCUCGAAGCAACGGCUCACAAGGACUUGCUCCACCAUAGCCGGGGCUCGCUCGACAAUAUGUCCGUACACCGAAUCGGUGAGAGCUUCGCCGAGCGAAGUCGGCGGGGCCACCCCCGCUUCCAGCCGCCCGGUUCGAACAAGCGGCGGAUUGUCGUCGUUGUUUUCGAACAAUAGGAUAGGGGCUUUCUUCUUGAUCAAGAAUCUGGAUACAGGAACUGAGUUCAUUGUCAACGAGUCCGACCAAGACGGGUGCUGGAACCGGUUCAGUGAUCUCCAGACAGGGAAGCAAUUGAACAUGGACGAGUUUGAGAAAUGCGUUGGAUACUCGCCUGUGGUGAAAGAGGUGAUGAGAAGACAAAACGUUUCGAGCGAAGGCGGGGGAGAUAGGAAGGUAGGUAACGCCAAUUCGUUUGUUUCAAAGAGCCUGAGAAUGAGCAAGAGAAGAGGGGUUGCGAUGUUGAAGAACAGCAUAAAAGGGAUGGGAUCCGCCGUGAGUGUGUUAAUUGGGGAGAAAGACAGGGAAGCGGCUACGCCAACGCCAACGCCGCCACUGACACCACCGGACCCCAAGUCCGGGAAGAACACGACGUCGUCUUCGUCGGAGUGGAUAAAAGUUAGGCAGACCGGGAAGCAUUACAAGGAGCUAUCGGCAUUGCAUUUGUGUCAAGAAAUUCAGGCUCAUGAGGGCUCAAUUUGGACUAUUAAGUUUAGUUUGGACGCGAGGUUUCUUGCGAGCGCGGGAGAGGAUCGGAUUAUUCAUGUGUGGGAAGUUCAGGAGUGUGAGAUUAUGUCGUUGGAUGGAAAUUCAACCCCACUUCAUCACUCGUUUGGCUCCUCCACUCCUGAUCGAUCUCCGUCGAUUUCUGAUCAGGCUGCACUUGUGCCAUAUGAGAAGAAGAAGAAGGGAAAGGGAAGCUCUGCUAGAAAAACCAAUCCCAUCCCGGAGUAUGUACAUGUGCCCGAAACUGUGUUCUCAUUUUCGGAGAAACCUUUUUGCUCUUUUGAAGGUCAUUUGGAUGCUGUUCUGGACUUGUCAUGGUCCAGAAAUCAGCUACUGCUUUCAUCUUCAAUGGACAAAACUGUUAGGUUAUGGGAUUUGGAGACCAAGACUUGUUUAAAGUUGUUUGCCCACAAUGAUUAUGUGACUUGCAUACAGUUCAAUCCUUUGGAUGACAAUUAUUUUAUUAGCGGCUCACUUGAUGCAAAGAUUCGAUUGUGGAAUAUACCGGUUCGGCAAGUUGUGGACUGGACUGAUCUUCAUGAAAUGGUCACUGCUUCUUCCUUCACUCCAGAUGGCCUGGCUUGCCUCAUUGGUUCCCACAAAGGAAACUGUCGCAUGUACAGCACAGAAGAUUGUAAAUUAAGUCAACAUAGCCAGAUUGAUAUUCAAAACAAGAAGAAGAAUCAAGCAAAGAAAAUUACAGGUUUCCAGUUUUCGCCAAUGAAUCCAUCUGAAAUGCUUGUCACCUCUGCCGAUUCCCGGAUUCGAAUUGUGGAUGGUACAAAUAUGACUCACAAGUUUAGAGGUUUUCGAAAUACCAGCAGCCAAAUUGGAGCUUCAUUCAGUCCAAAUGGGAAGUAUGUCAUAUGCGCCAGUGAAGAUUCUCAGGUAUAUGUUUGGAAGCGAGAAGAGCCCCGAACCUCGGGGGCCGGAAAAAAAAGUAUCAUCAGUUCAAAUUCUCAUGAACAUUUCCAGUGUAAAGAUGUCUCAGUAGCAAUCCCAUGGCCCGGCACCAUAAAAGGCGACCCUCCCCCAGUUCCUGUGCAGCAUUCUAAGAGGCAGUCAAAACGCUCCACACAACAACAACAACAACAACAGCCCCCUUCAGGAAAUGCAUCUCCUACUCAAGAAGACGCAGCAGGCUUGAGCAAGAGACUUUUGCCGCCUCUUCCUAAGAAAAACAACACCAACAACAAGGGAGAUGCAUUGGAUCAAAGACCUUCAACACCGCCCCUCGAAGAUCAAGAUCCUGCUCAAAUUUCCCGGACAGAAUCAGGGAUCGGAGAGUCAUUCAAUUCAGACCCUUCCUCUAUUAGGUAUGGUGGUGGUGAUUCUUCUAUGUCUGCUGGCAGUGCAUCCACGUCCUCUUGGUCUUCCUCUUGGUCAUGGCUUGACAAUAUUGGCAACAACAGCAAUGCGAACCAAACAACGCAAGCAACAGCUUGGGGCUUGGUCAUUGUCACCGCCACUCUAGAAGGUGAGAUCAGAGCAUAUCAAAAUUUUGGGCUACCUAGGAAGAUGCAGAACAAUAUCUUUGGAGGCCCGACAUAAUAGUAAUAAUUGGUUUUUAUGUUGGUCACAAUUCUCUCUUUUACAUGGAGACAAAUUUUAUCUUAGAAUCAAACAUCACCUGUCAUGGAUAUAUACAUACAUAGAUUGUACACUACAAGGAGUCAGAGCCCUGGGUUUUUUUUUUUGGUUGUAAAUGUCAAAGCUGCUCAUCAUCAGAAAUUUUUGUAAAUUACACCCCCAUCCAUUUCCAUGUAAUGGAUGCUUGUAAAAGCCUAUUAUUUUUGUUGUAUCAGGCAAAAGAGAAGAAGAGAAUGCUAUUUUCGUUGUAAAUUCAGAUUUUUUGUAAAUUA